GCGUGGACGCUCCCUCUGCACACCCGUGGGACACCGCGAGGCGAGACGCCGCCGGUCCCUUCCAGGUUCCCGGGUGUCCCGAGCUGCGCUCCAGUGCGCUCCGGGGCGAGCGCGUGCCAGGACCCGGCCUGGGCUGGGCAAAGCGGGCUGGGCUGCGUGGAAGGUUCCCGAGGGAGGGCCUGCCACACUGGAAGAGCUUAACUCUGUGAGCAGAGGUCCUUGUUCCCUAAGGAGCUUGGAUCAGAAGGUUUUGAGUUGGAGAUUUCUCAGGUCGUAACAUGAAAAUGCUGCUGAUUUUCUUCCUUAUAAUUAUUUGUUUCCAUGUUUCCAUGAAUCAAGAUUCUGGGCCAGACCCUGAGUACGCGGAUGUGGUGUUUCUGGUGGACAGCUCGGAUCACCUGGGAACCAAGUCCUUUCCGUUGGUGAAAAUGUUCAUCAACAAAGUAAUCAGCAGUCUCCCCAUAGAGGCCAGCAAGUACCGUGUGGCCCUGGCCCAGUACAGCGACACACUCCACAGCGAGUUCCACCUUAACACCUUCAGGAGCAGAAACCCCAUGCUGAACCACCUCAAGAAGAACUUCGGGUUCAUCGGCGGGCCCCUGAAGAUAGGAAAGGCUCUCCAGGAGGCCCACAAGACCUAUUUCUCUGCACCCACAAAUGGAAGAGAUAAGACACAGUUCCCCCCAAUUUUGGUGGUCCUGGCUUCAGCUGAGUCUGAGGACGACGUGGAAGAGGCCUCAAAUGCCCUGCGGAAAGAUGGGGUGAAAAUCAUCUCGGUGGGGAUGCAGGAGGCUUCUGAGGAAAACCUGAAGGCCAUGGCCACGUCUCAGUUUCAUUUCAACCUUCGGACAGCCAGAGACCUCAGCACGUUUUCCCAAAACAUGACGCAGAUCAUCAAGGAUGUGACCAAGCACAGGGAAGUCACAGUCAAUGACAUCCGUGUGGAAGUUUGCCAAGGCCCCUCUGUGGCCGACCUUGUGUUCCUGUUGGAUGUGUCAGUCAAUGGCAGCCAGGAGAACUUUGACUACCUCAAAGCAUUCCUGGAAGAAAGUGUUUCUGCCCUUGACAUAAAGGAAAGCUGCAUGAGGGUUGGCCUUGUGACCUACAGCAAUGAGACCAAGGUGAUCAGUUCCCUGAGUGUGGGUACCAACAAGUCAGAGGUGCUCCAGCAGAUCCAGAGCCUCUCGCCCCAGGCCGGGCAGGCCUACACUGGAGCCGCUAUCAGGAAGGUCCGGAAGGAAGUCUUCACCCCACAGCAUGGCAGCCGGAAGAAUCAGGGGGUGCCCCAGAUUGUGGUGCUGGUGACCCACAGAGCUUCAGAAGACAAUGUGACAAAGGCAGCAGUCAACCUCCGGCGCCAAGGAGUGACAAUCUUCACCAUGGGUGUAGACAAGGCCAGCACAGCCCAGUUGGAGAAGAUCGCAUCCCACCCCGCUGAGCAGUAUGUCUCCAUGCUAGGCUCCUUCACAGAGCUGGCUGCCCACAACGUGACCUUUCUGAAGAAGCUGCGGAACCAGAUCACACGCACUGUUUCUGUCCUGGCAGAGCGGACUGAAAGCCUCAAGUCUGGUUGUGUGGACACUGAGGAAGCGGACAUCUAUCUCCUCAUCGAUGGCUCUGGGAGCACCCAGGUCACAGACUUCCACGAAGUGAAGAACUUCUUGUCAGAGGUGGUGGGGAUGUUCAACAUUGCCCCCCAUAAGGUGCGGGUUGGGGCUGUUCAGUACGCAGAUGGCUGGGACCUGGAAUUUGAGAUCAAUAAGUACUCCAACAAGCAUGAUCUGGGUAAGGCCAUUGAGAACAUCAGGCAGAUGGGUGGGAACACAAACACAGGUGCAGCCCUGAAUUUCACACUAGGGCUACUGCAGAGGGCAAAGAAGGAGCGUGGAAACAAAGUGCCAUGUCACCUUGUUGUUCUGACAAAUGGAGCAUCUAAGGAUAGCGUCUUAGAGCCUGCAUUCAGACUUCGAGAGGAGAACAUCCGUGUGUACGCUAUUGGUGUCAAGGAGGCCAACCAUACACAGCUGCGAGAAAUCGCCGGCGAGGAAAAGAGAGUGUAUUAUGUGCAUGACUUUGAUGCCUUGAAGGACAUAAGAAACCAAGUUGUUCAAGAAAUCUGCACUGAAGGAGCCUGCAAAGAUAUGAAAGCUGACAUCAUGUUUCUGGUGGACAGUUCUGGCAGUAUAGGACCUGAAAACUUUAGUAAAAUGAAAAUGUUUAUGAAGAACCUGGUGAGCAAAUCUCAGAUUGGGGCCGAUAGGGUACAAAUUGGUGUUGUCCAGUUCAGCGAUGUCAACAAGGAAGAGUUUUCACUCAACAGAUUCAGGUCCCAAAGUGACAUUUCAAAUGCAAUUGACCGAAUGGCUCACAUUGGAGAAACCACCUUGACUGGCAGUGCCCUGACCUUUGUGUCUCAGUACUUCAGCCCUGCCAAAGGAGCCCGGCCCAACGUCAGGAAGUUUCUCAUCCUCAUCACAGACGGCGAAGCUCAGGACAUAGUGAAGGACCCAGCAGAUGCGCUUCGGCAAGAAGGCAUAAUUAUCUACUCUGUGGGUGUAUUUGGCUCCAACGUUACCCAGCUCGAAGAGAUCAGUGGGAAGCGGGAGAUGGUUUUCUAUGUUGAGAAUUUUGACAUUCUGAAGCACAUUGAAGAUGAUCUUGUUUUUGGAAUUUGUAGUCCCCAUGAAGAAUGCAAGCGGAUUGAAGUUUUAGAUGUUGUGUUUGUAAUCGAUAGCUCUGGCAGCAUCGACUAUGAUGAAUAUAAUAUCAUGAAGGACUUUAUGAUUGGCUUAGUAAAGAAAGCUGAUGUGGGCAAGAAUCAGGUCCGGUUUGGUGCUAUGAAAUAUGCGGAUGACCCAGAGGUGCUGUUUUACCUGGAUGACCUUGGUACAAAACUAGAGGUGAUUUCAGCGCUCCAAGGUGACCAGCCCAUGGGGGGCAAUACUUACACGGCGGAGGCUCUGGCCUUUGCCGACCACAUGUUCACAGAAGCCCGGGGCAGCCGUCUGCACAAGGGAGUUCCCCAGGUCCUCAUCGUGAUUACUGAUGGGGAAUCCCAUGAUGCAGAAAAACUCAAUGCUACUUCCCAGGCCUUGCGGGAAAAAGGCAUUCUCGUCCUGGCUGUGGGGAUUGCUGGUGCCAAUCCCGUGGAGUUGUUAGCCAUGGCGGGGUCCAGUGACAAGUACUACUUUGUGGAGACUUUUGGAGGCCUGAAGGGGAUAUUUUCAGACGUGUCAGCCAGUGUCUGCAACACUUCGAAAGUAGAUUGUGAUAUUAAAAACGUAGAUCUGGUUUUCCUCAUGGAUGGUUCAAAUAGCAUUCAUCCAAGUGAUUUCAAGAAGAUGAAGGAAUUUUUGGCUUCUGUUGUCCAAGACUUUGAUGUCAGUCUCAAGACAGUGCGCAUAGGAGCAGCCCAGUUUAGUGAUAGCUACCGGCCAGAGUUUUCCCUGGGAGCUUUUGCAGGGGAGAAGGAAAUAUCCUUUCAGAUUGAAAAUAUCCAGCAGAUCUUCGGAUACACACACCUGGGUGCAGCACUCCAGAAGGUGAGCCAAUACUUCCAGCCAGACAUGGGCAGCAGGAUAAACACGGGCACACCCCAGGUGCUGCUGGUCCUCACGGAUGGCCGCUCCCAAGAUGAGGUGGCUCAGGCAGCCGAAGAGCUGAGACACAAAGGCGUGGACAUCUACUCAGUGGGCAUCGGGGAUGUAGAUGACCAGCAGCUCAUUCAGAUCACUGGGACUGCAGAUAAAAAGCUCACAGUUCACAACUUCGAUGAACUCAAGAAGGUCAAGAAAAGGAUCGUCCGUCACAUCUGUAACUCGGGGGGUGAGAGCAAUUGCUUUGUGGAUGUGGUGGUUGGAUUUGAUAUCUCAACGCAGCUGGAAGGACAGACUUUGCUCACAGAUCAGCCAUGGAUGGGAACCUACCUUCAAAACCUCUUACGGGCCAUCAGCUCCCUCAAUGGGGUGAGCUGUGAGGUGGGCACUGAGACUCAGGUUAGUGUGGCUUUUCAAGUGACAAAUGCCAUGGAAAAAUAUUCUCCCAAGUUCGAGAUCUACAGUGAAAACAUUCUGGACAGCUUAAAGGAUUUAAGAGUUAAAGGCCCAUCUCACCUGGACGUAAACCUCCUGAGUGCCCUGUGGGAUGCCUUUCAGAACAAGUCAGUUGCUCGAGGAAAGGUGGCCCUUAUAUUUUCAGAUGGACUGGAUGAUGAUACUGAAAAACUUGAACAAAAAUCUGAUGAACUUCGAAAAGAAGGUCUGAAUGCUCUCAUCACUGUGGCUCUGGAUGGAGCUGCCCAUUCUGGUGACCUGGCUGACCUCCUCUACAUUGAAUUUGGAAAAGGAUUUGAGUACAGGACACAGUUCUCCAUCGGCAUGAGGGAUCUUGGGACUCAGCUGUCAAAGCAGCUGAUCAAUGUUGCUGAAAGGACCUGCUGCUGUUUGUUCUGCAAGUGCAUUGGAGGAGACGGCAUGAUGGGAGAUCCUGGAACAUCAGGCAAGAAGGGACUUACAGGUUUUAAAGGCAGCGAAGGAUACUUAGGGGAGGACGGCAUUGCUGGCGAGAGAGGAGCCCCUGGUCCGGUGGGAGAGCAGGGUACUAAGGGAUGCCAUGGCACCAAAGGUCCCAAGGGGAUUAGAGGACUACAUGGAGAAGAGGGCGAAGUUGGGGAACUUGGAGUCGAUGGAUUAAAUGGAGAACAGGGUGAGACUGGUCUUCCUGGAAGAAAAGGAGAAAAGGGCGAUGCAGGAUUCCAGGGCAGCCCAGGAAAGAGAGGGAGCAAAGGUGAUCACGGAGCAAAGGGUCUGAGGGGAGACCCGGGAAUUCCUGGAUUUGACAAUAGCAUACAAGGACCCAAGGGCUUGAAAGGAGAACGUGGAAGACAAGGUAGAAGAGGCUGGCCAGGCCCGUCUGGGACACCAGGCUCCAGAAGAAGGACAACAGCUCAUGGCAGAAGAGGACAAACAGGCCCACAGGGAAACACAGGCAUCCCAGGCCCUGAUGGCAUCGAAGGUUCUCUGGGACUUAAAGGCCCUCAGGGCCCAAGAGGAGAAGUUGGGGCAAAAGGAGAAAAAGGAAGCCUGGGAAUGAAAGGUCCCCAGGGGCCUCCAGGACCUGGAGGAGAGGUGGGGAAUCAAGGCCAUUCGGGAAGCCAAGGAUAUAAAGGAGAACCUGGAGAUCCUGGAGAAAAAGGAGCUAUCGGUUUUCCUGGUCCUCGAGGCUUGCCGGGUGAUGACGGCAAUCCCGGUUAUGGUAGCGUGGGACGCAACGGAGCAAAGGGGCAAGAAGGAUUCCCUGGAGAAAGUGGCACAAAGGGUGACAUGGGAGACCCUGGUGACCCAGGAGAGGCUGGACAAAAGGGAGUGAAAGGCAAAACGAUAUCUGCUGGACUUCCGGGAGAGCCAGGAUCCCCUGGGGAGCCAGGACCUGUGGGACGAAAGGGUGUCAAAGGGGCCAAGGGAUUGGCUUCGUUUUCUACCUGUGAGCUCAUUCAGUAUGUGCAGGACCACACUUCUGGUGGACAUGGAAAACCCCAGUGUCCGGUGCACCCAACCGAGCUGGUGUUUGCCUUGGACCAGUCCCGGGAUGUCACGGAGCAGGACUUUGAGCGGAUGAAGGGGAUGGUGGCUUCGCUCGUGAGAGACAUGAAGAUCCGGGAGAGCAGCUGCCCCACCGGGGCGCGCGUCGCCAUCCUCACCUACGGCUCCUACGCCAGGCACCUGGUGCGCUUCUCCGACGCCUAUAGGAAGGAUCAGCUUCUCAGGGAAAUUGCAGCCAUUCCUUAUGAAAAAUCCCUCGACAGUAGGGAGACUGGCAAAGCAAUGAGGUUUAUUUCCAGGAAUGUCUUCAAGCGAACACUUCCAGGGGCUCACACCAGGAGAAUUGCCACGUUCUUCAGCGGCGGUCAGUCGGCUGAUAUCCAGUCCAUCACCACCGCCACCAUGGAGUUCGGAGCCCUGGACAUCACGCCGGUGGUGAUCGCCUUCAGCAAUGUGCCCUCCAUCAGGCGGGUGUUCUCGAUUGACGACACUGGCACGUUCCAAGUCAUAGUGAUUCCCUCUGGCACUGACGACAAGCCAGCGUUAGAGAGACUCCAGCGGUGCACUUUCUGCUACGAUAUGUGCAGGCCAGAUACAUCUUGUGACCAAGACAGACCGCUCCCUGCAGAAUCUUACAUGGAUGCUGCGUUCCUUCUGGAUGGCUCCCGGAAUGUGGGAAGUGCUGAAUUUGAAGACAUAAGAGGCUUCCUAGGGGCACUGUUGGAGCACUUUGAAAUCACCCCAGAGCCUACAACUUCUGUCACUGGAGACCGAGUGGCCCUGCUGAGCCAUGCGCCUCCCAACUUCCUUCCCAACACCCAGAGGAGCCCAGUUAGAACUGAGUUCAACCUCACUACCUACAGCAACAAGCGCCUCAUGAAGCGCCACGUGGAACAAUCAGUUCAACAACUGAAUGGAGAUGCUUUCGUUGGUCAUGCCUUGAGGUGGACUUUGGACAAUGUCUUCUUAAGCACACCCAAUCUGAGAAAAAACAAAGUUAUAUUUGUGAUAUCUGCUGGGGAAACCAGCUACUUGGAUGGAGAAACCUUAAGGCAAGAGUCUUUGCGAGCCAAGUGCCAGGGUUAUGCCCUGUUUGUGCUCUCCCUUGGCCCUGCUUGGAAUGACAAAGAACUGGAGGAUCUAGCCAGCCACCCUUUGGACCACCACUUGAUCCAGCUUGGUCGAAUCCAUAAACCUGAUCACAGAUAUGGCGUGAAGUUUGUGAAAUCCUUUAUAAAUUCAGUCAGGCGUGCAAUCAACAAAUAUCCACCAAUAAACCUCAAGGCAAAGUGCAAUAGGAUCAGCCCUACAGCCUCCAGGCAGACCCCACGCCUGUUCCGAAGCUCUGUUCCUAGACUACAAAGAGCUGCCUUCAAAGAUGCACUACGGGACGUGAGACUCUUUCAGGAUAGAAGAUAUCUUCCAAGAGUAGAAAGAGGGAGCAGAGGUGAAGCUAUUCGACAUUUCCCUGGAAGCAUAUACCUUCCCUUUAGAAAUGCAAGACGAGUGAUACAAACUAUUCCUAAACAACAGGAUAAUGGAAGUGCUGGAACAGUUGAGCCUUAGGAAACAUGAAACAAUGACUUUCAAUAACCAAUUCCACUCCGCAACUCAGCAAAUUUUAAUGGGGUAUCUGCCUGCAUCCAGAGGUCAACUCUGGAGGGAAGAACAAGCCAUAGGCUGUAGGUAAUCAGGUAACUUAGGAGAGUGUCCAUUUAUUUGACCACUCAUGACAACUAUUAAAACUAAGUCUAAGGGAGAUAUAAUCUGAAAGUAAAUGUUAUGUAAGUGUAAACAUGUAUGUACAGGGGCCGAUGCUAAUACUUCAGGUUGCAGGUAUCUGUUCAGUCCAUUUUCUGCAAUGCAAGCUUUCUUAAUUUAGUAGUUUAAUUCUCAUCUAUUUAAUCAAAAGGGUUCAAUGUUUAGGCUAUUCCAACAUUUACCCUAGAAACCGCUGCUGUUUCUUUGUCACAUUUUUGGAAAAUGGACCUUUUGUGAUUAUUUCAUUUGAAUGUGACACUUGUCUCUGGACUAAGACCGCCAGCAAUACUUGCUCAGACUGGUGAGCAGCAGAGGAUAAUUUUCUCCAACUCCAAAUCCUCAACUCACCAAGAAAUGCAUUAAUUCUCUCAGAUCAUAAAUGAUUGCUUUGGAGCUGAAGUUCUAUCUCCAUUAUAGAACUUCUAGCCAAGCCCUUUUGAUGGAUUUCCUGCCACCCUUCCCUGUUAUGGUCAUUUAUUUUUCACUAAUUCAUAUAUUCUUUAGACAAGAAGAGCAAAGCAAAAACUUAGGAGAAACUCUAUGUUGCUUUUACCUGUCAAGUGGCUACUGAAUCAACAAUGAUCAGCACCAAUACAGGGCUGGCAAGGCUCUGAAAAGAUCCUCACAUGGACACUAAGUCUGGAAAAGACAAGAAAAUCUUUAACAACUUUGAAUCUGUGAAUCCAUAGAGUUGGAGAAAUGUGAGAGAUCAGUUAGAGCAGGAAAGGUCCUCCAAAUGCCUGUCCUCUUUUUGCAGACUUUGACAGCUUUGACACCUCUUCUCCACCCAAUGUUUACUCUCGUAAAGGGGCUGAUACUUUAACAACUAAAUGCCAAAGCAGCAUUGUGCAUUCAAACACAAUACUGAGACCUUACCUCAGCCUAACAGCGGGCUCCCCAGCUGGCAGCAGUGGCCCUGCUGGGCACUGUCAGUGCUUCAGGAAGGAAGGGAAGCCCUACAUGAACCUAUGGGGCAGGAGGCUAUGGACACCAAAGUCUGUAGGCUGCAUUCAGAUUUUCUUUUCUACACCUCUUUUCAUAAAGCCUGGAAAGAAGACCCAAAGGAAGUAUUUCUUUUAAACCACUUCUGCCAUCCUUACUUGGAGAACUCAACAGAGCUCCUAAUGUCCUCAGAGGAGCAAGAAAUGCAAGGAGUUCAAUGUCAUACUCAGGUAACAGAGAAGAAGAACAGCACAUCGCUUUUCUUCAUGUCCUAAAUGGUGCUUAGGGUUUCAGGAAAACUUGUUUCAAGUAUAGGAAACUGAUGAGCAAUUUUUAAGGGCUAGUUUAGUAACAAGAAUUUUUCUAAUUAACUUUGAAUUAAGCACAAACACUUUUCUUCUGUUUAUUAUUGGGACUAUUUUGAAAAUGUAUUUGUUUAUUUUUUCUGUAUUGCUAAGUAAAGCACACUGAACAAAUAUUCCCUUGGUGAUGGAGAUUAUUUUAGCAUUUUAGGUAAUACUUAGUCACUAACAGGUUAGGAGUCUCCAGCCAAGCUGCAAACAGAAGUUUCUUUUCAAAAACAAAUCCCUGUAUCAGCACUCUCCAUGAUUUCUCUUUCUUUUAAAAAUGGGAAGUGGGAAAAUUAACUUGAAUGUAAAUUGAACGAACUCAUAUUACAAAAAAGAAGCAAAAUACAGUGGUACUUCUUGAGUUAAAAAUGUUAAUUAAUUGCCUGAAAUGGACCUACCUGCCUCUUGUUAGCUCUGUGUGGAGCUGAGUCAACCUUGUUAAAACAAAACAAUUAAAACAGAGAUGUAACUUCAGAUUGUAGUACUCAGUAACAAUUUAACCAGAUAUCUCUUUUAAAAAAAAAUACGGUUAUUUGGGAAAUGAGAGCCUAGAAAUGGGUCAUGGGAAGGAAAGAGUAUCCCUGUUGGCGUGUCUCACUGCUGUGAGUCUCAGGGCUUAUCCUGAAGCGCCUUCUCUAUGUUACAAAACUUUUUCUAGCCCUGAAAACUCUUAACUUCUGACUUAAUUGUCAGAGCCCUGUAAACAUGGUCCUGGCAUACUCAGAAAGAAAGAGGGAAUAUAACCUGACAGUCUGAUGCCAGAGUUACAAAGUUCACGAACCCACUAAGCAUGUGGACUGGUCACAGCCACUAUACCACUCUGCCCUUUCUGAAUUGUUAAAAGGUCACAUACCAAACUGAACUUCACAAUUAUAAAAACAUUUUUAAAUGUUUAGUGCAUUUAAAGCACUACUUAAUAAGUAGUAUUACUCCCAGACUCAAAUUACCUAUUCGACUUUUUGGUUUUAUACUCAUGUAACUAGUUUGAAACGAAAUAUUCUAAGCACCAUAAACUCUAUGAAUGGAAGGGAACAGACUGUGAAGAGAAUUAGGUCCAUAUGUAAACAUAACCCAUAAUCUUGAAGGGUUUUAAUUAAGUGGGGAAAAAAGCUAGUUUUGGCAUUUUAAAAAUAGAAAAUUUUGGCAUGUCUUCAACUUUUUUUCCCAUUUUCAUACAUUUAAUAAAAACACUGGAUAAAUGAAAGCUGACAGCAGAGUAGCGUUUAUGGUACAGGCUACAAAAAAUAAUGCCAAGAAAAGCCACAUUCUCUAGAACUGCUACACAAGGAAUCAAUUCUAUCGUAUUAAAUAACUAAUAAAGUAGACUAUAAAACACAGUGGAAGAAAGAUAUGGUAACAGAGCAAAGGUCCAGAGUAUUUCUAUCAUUGUUUCUUAUGGCACUCAGUUCACUUCUUCACCUUAAAACAAAUGCUGUUGGAGUUCAUGCCCCUGCUCAUGUUUAAUACGUAAAAUACCACCCAAAACCAAAUAAAAAACACCCAGAUGCUUGAAAACAGCAUCACUGGUUUAAAUAGCAUUUUUAAUAACAAAACUGUUUACAUUAUAAUAGCUUACAACCAUCUUUUUCAAUACAAAAUCAAUGGAGAUCAUAUGUCUCCACAUUUGACAUCUCUCACAUCUAUGGCAUAUACAAUAAAAAGUCCCAGCUGUUGUAGGCUGACCCUUGCAGAGAUUUGCACAAGUAAACUAGCCAAGUCAGCUUCCUUCUCUACUUUGAGUGGGACCUAUUGUUACGAAAGAAUAAUACAGACAUGAUUUUGAAAAUUAAGCAAAUGAAUUUGUUCUGCACUGUAGAUACCUUUUCUCCUGAAUUAUAUUACCUUUACAGCUUUAUACAAGUCAGUAGAUUUUUACUUCCACACCUUUACAAUCCCAUCUCUAGAAGCAGUCACGAUGAAACCUUGUGUUGUCUGGAAAGUAGCAACAUCUGUGAUGAUGUCAUGAUGCCCCACAGGCAAAGAUUCUGGGCCCCUUCGAGGGGUAUCAUCACUUGGUCCUACUUUCUGUUUAUUCUGAAUUUCCUGUUGGAUGGUUAGGAGAAGUCAAGGAGAAAGUCAGAAAUUAUAUCGGUACCACAUUCUACUUCCUGCCAGUUCACUUGCUUUUGGAUACGCUGUUGCUCUGAAGUUAACAUUUCAUGUGAAGUGACUGGGCUUUCAUAAAUAGCUGAAAAGGAGUAAACUACACUAGUCCAAAAUAAAAUCUGGAUUGCACUCCCUGGAUCCUGUGAGUAGCCACUUACAAAUACAGAACACAUAUGUGGCCAAUAUUUUGUGCAUAUUAAUUUUAUUAACAUCAAAGAAAAAAGGGAGCAGAACAUAUCAGAUGUUACAGUUGCUUCUAAAGGUCCUUAGGCAGCAUAUGUCCUUUAUGGGGCACUUACUCUGACCAGACACAAAAAUGUCACAACCGAAAUUUUUGUCUAAGUUAAGAAUACAAGUUUUGCCAGGUGUGGUGACACACACCUAUCAUCCCAGCACUGAGGGAGGAUUGUCAUAAGUUCAAGGCCAGCCUGGGUUACACAGCAAGACCCUGUCUCAAACAAAACAAAACAAACAAGCAAAAAAACCAACAAGUUUUAUAGUCCCAAAGGCCAUGUCUGAAUUUGUUUUCUGUUUACUCGCUGAACUAAUCUUGGACUAGUAACAACCUGUCUGUGCCUAAUUUUUUUGUUUAAGGAAAACAAAAAUUCUUUCAUAAACACUUCUCAGUUCUUAUCUUUGUAAAAUGCCUCAUGUUCAUUCUGAGUGACACGCUUAUGGGUACUGUCUUUAUAACUUGUUACGGAAAAGCCAAGAUAAAUAAACUUAUUUCUUAAAUUAAAAGGA